UUUGCCCAGCAGAGGAGUAGUCCACAUCUGACCAUCGAAAGACAAAGUCAAAAUGCUGUCAGUGGCCCUGUUGUACCUCCUAGCUGUGAUUGGUUCUGGGACACAUGCUCUACCUCUGUAUCCUGAUACCAACCUGGAGCCACAGGCAGAUUUCAUACAGAAGUUGGUUUCAGAGGUGGAGGAUGGACCGAACACUUCAGAGGGGGAGCAGAGAGACAUCAAUAAUCUGUAUCCUCUGUUGAUGCAGCACAACGGAGGGAGAGACUCCUGGACUAAAGGGGCUAAAGAUUCAGCACAACAAGAUAAAUUUGGAAACAUGGUGGAGGACCUCAGGGAAGCUGUUUUAAAGCUGGAGGCGGCUGACAAGCUUCGCUCUCAGGUUUUUCUCAGAUCGGAGCAGAGCCUGCCGAAAACAAACAAAAGAGCGUGUUUCUGGAAAUACUGCGUCACCAACUAGAGCCCGGCGGCUGCAGGAAGUUUGAUGUGAUUUCUGUACAGACUGGUUGGACUCACCACUGUUCUGCAUUGUCACAUUUGUUUACCAGAAAACAAUAAAUGCACCACCCAACUGGAUCAACAGAAAAUAUAUUUUUGAAGCUGUAGAACUAUUGUUGUUUCUGUCUCUGAAAAUAAACUUGAAAAAUGAA